AUGACUGACGGAAGUCAUCUCAACGUUUACACCGGCCCUGAUGCCGUCAAGAACUAUUUCGACCCUGAUAUCGGUCCUCCUUUACCUCUGGUUGAGAUACCAGACUGUCUCAACCCGUACCGCGACCAUGGCGUUCGAAUCUACGCCAAAAUGAUGUCGAUGCAUCCUGCUAAUAACGUCAAGGCUAUGCCAGCUCUAAACUUAUUACAAAAUGGCGUGGUACCGGGAAAGACCAAGAUAGUUGUCGAAUACAGCUCGGGGUCCACUGUCAUUUCGAUGUCUUUGAUAUCAAGAGUGUUUUAUGGUAACUCAGAUGUCCGCGCCUUCCUUAGCAACAAAACCAGCCAAGCAAAGUUGAGGUUGAUGCAGUUCUUUGGACUUGACAUCACGCUUUUUGGCGGACCAUCGCAGCCUGAGCCAGCUGAUGAGAGAGGCGGUAUUCGUGCCGCGAAAGAUAUGGGAGACAAGUCUGAGACUGCCAUCAACCCAAAUCAAUAUGAAAACGAUGAUAACUGGAAGUCGCACGUUCGUUGGACAGGGCCCCAAAUCCUCAAGCAGCUGCCAGACAUCACGCUCAUUUGCGCUGGAAUGGGCACUUCCGGAACGAUGACUGGUCUUGGAACCUACUUCAAGGACAAAAAGCCUUCUGUCUACAGACUCGGAGUCUGCACAGCGUCUGGCGAUCGGGUACCCGGCCCACGUUCAUUCGCCCUUCUCCAGCCAGUAGAGUUCCCUUGGAGAUCUGCUGUCGAUCACAUCGAACACGUGGGCUCCCACGACUCUUAUGCCCUGUCCCUCGAUCUUUGCAGAGAGGGUAUAGUCUGUGGUCCAUCAUCUGGAUUCAACCUAAAGGGUCUCUUUCAAUUUUUGGAUAAGCGAAUGGCUGCCGGAACACUAAAUGAGCUAUCUGCUGAGAACGGAGAGAUUCACUGUGUCUUCGUAUGCUGCGAUCUGCCAUACCAGUACAUCGACGAAUACUUCUCCAAAUUGGGACCGGAAUAUUUCCCUGUGAUUCACAACGAGAGCCUUCAAAAGGUAGACCUUCACCGAUACGAUGAGGCCUGGGAGAAGGAUCCCACCGAUGCUUUCGUGCACAUUCCACAAACUGAUAUCGUCCCAACCGAUGUGGACGCGAAGCUGCCUAGCACCCCGCGAUAUGUGGAUACGAGUAGCGCCUCCCUUAUUCCUCGGCUUCCGAAUACCGUUGUUAUCGACCUGCGUCGCCAAGAGGACUAUGAGACACUGCACAUUCCCGAGUCACAAAAUAUUCCCCUCGUAGAGUCGAAAGAUUGGGAACCUUUCUCGGACCCGAAGGUUCUCGAGACAUUAUGGCUGAAAUUGGAGGCAACUUUCGAGAAGACAAGUGAGAUGGGGAAGAAAGUUGAGCAGUAUCGCGAAAAGCCGGUGUUGCUUCUCUGUUAUAAUGGAAACAACGCACGGGUAGCAGCCAGUGUUUUACGGGCCAAAGGAUUCGAAGCUGACUGCGUGCGAGGAGGAUAUCUCGCAUUAGAGAGGCUGCAGAAGGCUCACUCAACGAAACCUAUGUCUCUGCGGAAAGAGUCAAGUAGUAUGGUCCACGUUAAAGAGUUGUUGGUUGAUGAGACGCCGCGCUUGAGGUUGGCAUGA